CUUAAUACCGCAAAAGUGAAGAGAAAGGAACGAAGGUAGAUCCGGCACUCCAACAUGAUGAAAUUUGUGGUCGCUCUUGUUUUGGCUAUGGCAGCCGUUGCUUGCGCUUCGCUCAUUCCAUACAGAUACGGAGAUGGAGUGAAUGCCAGACAUUUCUACAAAGGAGAGGUUCCCUACGGAAUUUAUGGUCUCGGAUAUAAUGGAUACUAUGGUGCCUAUAACUACGCACCCUAUUACGGAUAUGACGGACUCGGUUACGGAUAUGGUCCCUAUGGAUACUUUGGAAGAUAUGGCACCGGCUAUCUCGGAUAUGGAAGAUACUUUUGAGAUCUUAAUUACUACUGAAUUCAAUUUUCAGUAAAUU